CCGCCAUCAGAGCAGCACUCCAGUGUAAGCACCAUGUCUGUUCGCUUUUCCUCUGCAUCCAGACGGCUGGGCUCAGUGAGGCUCUCCAACGCUGGAGCAGCCUUGGGGGCUGGAAGUACAUGCGGAGUGCCAGGCAUUGGAAGUGGCUUCUCCUGCGCCUUUGGGGGCAGUUCAUCUGCAGGAGGGCUGGGCAGUGCUUCUUGUGGGGCCUUUACCACGAAUGAGCAUGGCCUUCUGUCUGGCAAUGAGAAGGUCACCAUGCAGAACCUCAACGACCGGCUGGCCUCCUACCUGGAGAAUGUGCAAGCCUUGCAGGAGGCCAACACUGACCUGGAGCAGAAGAUCAAGAGCUGGUAUGAAAAAUUUGGACCUGGGUCCUGCCGUGGCCUCGAUCAUGACUACAGUCUAUACUUCCCGAUCAUUGAAGACCUCAGGACCCAGAUAAUCUCUGCAACUGCAAAUAAUGCCAACAUUGUCCUGCAAAACGACAAUGCCAGACUGACUGCUGAUGACUUCAGGAUGAAGUACGAAAAUGAACUGGCGCUUCACCAGAGCGUCGAGGCGGACAUCAACGGCUUGCGGAGGGUCCUGGACGAGCUGACCCUGUGCAGAACUGAUCUCGAGGUGCAGUUGGAAACGCUCAGCGAGGAGCUGGCAUACCUCAAGAAGAACCAUGAGGAGGAAAUGCAGGCUCUGCAGUGCGCCGCGGGAGGCAACGUGAACGUGGAGAUGAAUGCAGCCCCGGGUGUGGAUCUCACAGUCCUGCUGAACAAUAUGCGAGCGGAGUACGAGGCUCUGGCUGAGCAGAACCGCAGGGAUGCUGAGGCCUGGUUCCAAGAAAAGAGCGCUUCCCUGCAGCAGCAGAUUUCAGACGAUGCUGGAGCCACAACCUCAGCCAAGAACGAGCUUACUGAGAUGAAACGGACUCUCCAAACCCUGGAGAUAGAGCUGCAGUCCCUCUUAGCCAUGAAACACUCGCUGGAGUGCUCCCUGACCGAGACCGAGGGCAACUACUGCACCCAGCUGGCUCAGAUCCAGGCUCAGAUCAGCGCCCUAGAGGAGCAGCUGCACCAGGUCAGGACCGAGACCGAGGGCCAGAAGCUGGAAUAUGAGCAGCUGCUGAACGUCAAGGCCCACCUGGAGAAGGAGAUUGAGACCUACUGCCUCCUCAUAGAUGGAGACGAGGGCUCUUGUGUUAAGUCAAAAGGCCAAGGAGGACCUGGAAAUCAGACAAAGGAGUCAUCUAAAACUGCCAUCGUUAAAACUGUCGUCGAAGAAAUAGAUCCCCGUGGCAAGGUUCUCUCCUCCAGAAUUCACACCCUGGAAGAAAAAUCCACUAAAGUCACCAAGAAUGAGCAGAGGGUGCCUUCCUGAACUCCACUCCCUAAAACAGAGCCCUAAUUGAAAAUACCAAAUCCAAACACUUUUUCAAAAUAGGGCCCUCUUAUGUUUCUACUUCUCUUCCAGUGAGUGCAGAUAAGCUCCUUUUAGACUAGUAACAUUUCUUUGGCCUUCUCUCUGGUGGUGUUUCAAUAAAUGUCUUCCUGUUGCAAG